ACCUAUUCGAUCACAUUUGGGUAGUCCUUUCUCUCAAAAAUGAAAAGGGUUAUGUUUACUAUUUUUAAAUUCUAAAUAUUACCUUGAUGAGAGAAACGAAAAAGUUCUUCUUAUAAGAAACAAAGUAUAGUUGCUGAGUGAAUGUCAAUUUAAUUAAAUCACUAUUCAAUUCAUAUUCUAGAAGAAUAUAUCAUUAUUGACAUUAAAAUUCGAACAGUUAUCAAGCUUCUGAAAUGUCUGAUGAAACUCAACAUGAUGAUAUGUUAUUUCAUAUGCUCCAGGAAUGUAAAACACUUCCAGUAUUUAUGGACCAUAUAUUUGGUUUUCUGAAGAGGAGAUCGGAUUUUUAUGUGGUUUCAACAAGCCCUGGAUCUCCAGUAGGACUACCUGCAGGAUUCGCUGAAAAGUUAGUAAAGAACAGUUUUCAUAAAUUCGCAAAUUCCUGUAAUAAUACUCCCAACACACAAUCCAUUGUUAAGGAGCAUAUUGUGAGAAAAAAUGAUAUUUCUAGACAUUCAGAUAAUUUAUUUGAUCCAUCCAAAAGUUACAAUGGGGCCAGUUUCGAAAAUUAUUGUUGGUCUCAAUUAUAUAAUGAAGUUGAUGUUUUUCUGAAACUUCCAGAAAAUGUGAAGGGUCGUGAUUUAAUAGUGCAAGCAACCUCGAAAAGUAUUCAUGUGAAACUGAAAGAUGGGACAAUACUUAUAAAUGGUGACCUUUGUCAAACAUGUAAAUUGGAUCCAAUCUGGUCAGUAGAUAAUAAUGAAUUACAAAUACACUUUGAAAAAGUUAAAGAAAUUUGGUGGAAUUGCUUUCUGACAUCAGAACCUAAAUUGGACAUAUCUAAGAUCGAUUGUACUAAGCCAUUAGAAGAUUUACCUGAAGAUGCCCAAGCAAAAAUACAUGAAUUGCAAUGGAAUCAAGAACAAAAACGCUUGGGACUUCCAACUUCUGAUGAAAUUAAAAACCUUGAUAUUUUGAGAAAAGCAUGGGAUGCUGAAGGGUCUCCAUUCUCUGGACCUUUUGACCCUUCUGCAGUUUCAUUUUAGUUGUUUUUUUUUUCAUUAUCUUAUUGGGUUAUGAAAGAUUUAUUGUAAUUUUAUUUUUACAAUUAUUUUAAUUUUUAAAUUAACAGGUUUCAAAUGAAUACACAGAUCCAAUUGAGUGUUUUAUAUUUUUGUACAAAAAAUUAUAAUAAAUUGUAAGCCACUUCCAUAAUUUAUGAAUAACAAAUGAAAAUUUAAGUAUAAUAGAUAAGAAUUGCCAAAAUUUGCAAAAAAGCUUAACUUUUUCAAACAUUUGUUGAGGGAUAAAACAUCACAGUUUGAUAGGCUGGAUUUUUCCUAAGUUUGGUAAUAUAAUAAAUAAAUUUUGCAAUACAAUAAAUAAAUUAGUAUAAAUAUCA